UUUUCAAACAGUCAAUGUUUAUUGCAGGAUUUCAUGAUUAUUAUUGAAGAAGAUCUGCUUUUGGCCCCAGACUUCAUGCCUUUUAUGGCAGAGUGCCUAAAAAUUAUUAGUUUAGAUACUUCUUUAGUUGGUGCUUUUGCUUGGAAUGUAAAUGGAUUUGAGCAGAUUUCAGGAAAUAAUAGUCAAGUCUAUAGAGUACAAGAAUUUCCUGGCUUAGGUUUCCUUGUUAAGUCAGAUAUUAUUCAGCAAUUAAUUGAAACAAAUAGUGAAUGUUGCGAUCACAGGGCAUGGUUUGGUUGGCAUAUGGAGACUCAAGGUUUGGAAAUGUUGAUGCCUGAUGUUUCACGGGUUUAUAAAACACCAUUUGAUGGUGCUCAAGCUCUCACAGAUGUUGCCAGAAAUUUAUUUCUAAAACCACGUAAAACAUUCCUGGAAUUGCAACCAGCAAGUUUAGACAUAUCCCACUUGAUCUCCACCGAGUAUGAAACAUUCCUGCAUGGACAAAUUGAUGUCAGCUCUGUUGUUCUACCAGCUGAUUUACUCCCCUGUAUUCAACAGUUAUCUUCUCCCCCUGAUAUGAAAUCAUUUCAGGGUCCACUUGUUAUCAACUACUAUCAGAAUAGCACAGAUGACUACAGCUUACUGAUUAAACUUUGUCAGUGUUUUGGUCUUGUUACUCUAGAUAAUUAUCAGCCUAAAAAUCUGCACAAUGGAUUGCUAAGGUUCUAUCACCAGGAGCAUGAUGUAUUUCUCAUAGGAACUAAGACACAGUACUUUAAUAGUUUGAUAGAUCCAAAAUAUGUUCUUAAAGAAGAGUUACUUCUCAUCAAUUAUACAUUUAUAAAUACCAACAAAGACAGAUAAUAUUUGAAAGGUUUUUGAGAUUGAUGUUGGAGAAGGCUAGUUUUGUGAUAGAAUGUGAGCAACUGAUACUUCAGGUAUCAGAUUUUCUUAGUUCUUGUAUUCCUUUUAUGAGUCAUUUGUGUAUCUAUGGCCUGGUUAACUAUUUGAACCAUUUUCUGAAAAUUUUUAACUGCUACAAAAAUUUUGUUUAUUUUUAAUUUAUUUAAAUCAUUGCUCCAUAAUAAUGCAUUGUCAAAAAUACAGCUUGACUAAUUAUUUGUGGACUACUACUGUCUACAGAUAAUUUACAGUAAUAAUUAAAUCAUUACCAACUAGAUAGCUUUGUCAGUUUUUUCUUUGAUGGAAUAAUUAAGAAAAAAAUUGUUUUAUUUCUCCCUCCCUCCUCCCCCCCCCCCCCC